AUGUCCUAUGAUAUAACUUACUUGCAUUAUUUGAUUCAGUACAUUCAGAAUCCAGUUGUACAUUAGAUUAGCAAGUUUGCCCAGCUAUAAUGUUAAUUUCAAUCAAUAAGAGCAAUGAUUACCUAAAAUUGCUCUAAGAAGCACAAAUCUUAAAUUCUCCUAUCAAGAGUAAUCCAACUCUACAAUAACGACCAGUAUGCAUUACUGGCUGAAGUUUCCUAUAUGAGCACUAUUACCUGAGUGAGCAGAGAAAGUAGAAUUCACACUAUUUCAUUUGAGAAGUAAGUAUAGUUUUUGCUCCAAAGUCAAAAGUAGUGAUUUACUAUAUUGAUCUCUUAUAUUUGAUAUUUUGCCCACACUUAGACGCAAUAUUGAAAGGAUAAAGUCUCAACAACUUGAGCAUAAUUUAUAAAGUUAAGAAUGGGUUUGAAUAAAUAUGGCCUGAUUUAC